GCCACAGCUUAGCCACCGCUUCAAGCAAUGGGCUGCAACGCUUCUCUCUUCGCCAAGAACCACAAAAUCUACUCAAGUAUAGCUAGCGAUUGACUUCGUAGUAUCAUUGGGUGAAGUAGAAUGUGGACUUCUCAUGCGAAAGCCAUGAGCCAUCGUCCGCCCCGACUGUUGCGAUGGCGGUCGUCGACGGGUUUCAUCAUCGCGACGGCCUGGAUAUCGUUCUUCACGGACUACUUUCUCUAUGCGAUGAUCGUGCCUGUUAUGCCCACUGCCCUCGUCGACCGCGCCGGCGUCGCAUAUGAAGACCGAGAAUUCUGGGUGAGCAUCCUGCUGAUGUGCGAAGCCGCCGUCGCCUUCGUCUGCUGCCCAGCGUUCGGAUACAUGCUCGAUGCGGCGCCCACGCGCCGGAUGCCCUACCUCCUGGGCCUGAUCUUCCUCGGGGCAUCGAUGGUCCUCCUCGCUCUCGCGCACACGAUCGCGGUGUUCAUCGUGGCCCGCAUGCUGCAGGGUGCGGCCACCGCCAUGGUCGCCGUGGCCGGGCUCGCCCUGCUCACGGACUCGGUCUCCACGAGCAAUCUCGGCCAAACCAUCGGGUACCUGGGCUCGGCGAUCGCCCUGGGAUUCCUGCUGGGUCCGCUGCUGGGCGGUCUGGUCUAUCGAGUCGCCGGGUACCAGGCUGUGUUCGCCAUUGCCUUUGCCAUGGUGGGGAUCGAUCUGCUCAUGCGAGUCGCGGUGGUCGAGAAAGCCGUCGCCGAACGAUGGAUGCAGACGCAUCCAUCAUCCUGCUUGCCGUCUCGAGGAGAGGAUGGGUGUACGUCAAGCGACAGUCUGGUGCAACAGCAGCAGCAACCAACCGCGUCGCCAACCAGACGCCCCUCCUCCUCAUCUUCCGCGACGUCCAACAACGACCAACACCAGAAGCCAGCGAUACUCCUCAUCAUCCGCGAACCACGAGUCCUCAUCUCCUCCGGAGCUCUCCUCAUCCACGGCCUCCUCUACUCCGCCUUUGACGCCACAAUCCCCAUCUUCGUCGAAUCGCGCUUCGGCUGGACCACCUUCGGCGCGGGGCUGGCCUUCCUCCCCUCCGCCAUCACCGCCCUCUUCCAACCCUAUUUCGGCCAUCUAACAGACACUCACGGCCCCCGACCCAUCGCACUCACCUCGUUCGCCCUCCUCCCCAUCCCCCUCCUCGCUCUCCGCCUCGUCACCACCGCCCAACCAACACACAUCGCCCUCCUCCUCACCUGCCUCACGGCCAUCGGCUGCCUCAUCAACCUGUGCACGCCGGCGCUGUACCUCGAGACGCAGUCCGCCUUGGCCGCGAUGGAAGCGCGGGACCCCACCGUCUUCGGCCGCAAGGGCGCCGUCGCCCAGGCGUUCGGCAUCCAGACGAUGGCGCAGUUUCUGGGUCUGUUUCUGGGGCCCCUGUGGGGAGGGUUCGUGGAGUGGCGGGCGGGGUGGGCGGUGAUGACGGGGAGUUUGGCGGGGUUGGUGGGGGUUAUGGUUGUGCCGGUUUGGUGGAUGGGGGAGGGGGGUGGGAUGGGUCUUUUGUCUUCGCUGGGGAGGUACCUGGAGGUGCAGCUCGGUGGUUACACUCUUCGCUCUUCGCAAGCCUUUAUACAGUACUUUGAUCCGGCGCUUUGGUGUAUACGGUGGUUCACGGUGGAGGUCGCUUUGUGACUACGGAUCUUGGGCUAGCCCUUUGGGAGACUGUAGUUUCAAACAAACCUUGUAAAAGGUAAACACAGCUAGUCUUAGCUGAGCUGUAACGG